UCCGAAGUCAGUAAUGGGAAAUCAUACAACAGUGACAGUGUUUAUUCUCCUCGGAUUGACAGAUGAUCCACAUUGGAAGAUUGUGCUUUUUAUCUUUCUCUUCCUCACCUAUAUAUUAAGUGUUUCUGGCAACCUGACCAUCAUCCUUCUCACCUUGCUAGAUUCCCAUCUCAAGACUCCCAUGUACUUCUUCCUUCAGAAUUUUUCCCUCUUAGAAAUUUCCUAUACAUCUGUCUGCAUUCCUAAAUUUCUGGUUACUAUUGCAAGUGGAGACAAAACCAUUACCUAUAAUUGUUGUGCUGUUCAGUUGUUUUUUGCCUUCCUUCUUGGGGCAUCUGAAUUUUACCUUCUAGAUGCCAUGUCCUAUGAUCGCUAUGUUGCCAUUUGCAAGCCCCUCCAUUACACGACCAUCAUGAGCAGCAAAGUCUGCACCCAGCUUGUUCUUAGCUCUUGGCUGUCUGGUUUCCUGAUCAUCUUUCCAGGCCUUAUUGUAGGCCUCCAACUGGAUUUCUGUGCCUCCAAUGCUAUUGACCAUUUCUACUGUGACACUGGUCCCAUGUUGCAGCUCUCCUGUACUGACACACAGUUCCUUGAGCUCCUCAGUUUCAUUUUAGCUUUAGUGACACUUCUAGUUACUUUAACACUAGUGGUUCUAUCUUAUACCCACAUUGCCCUGACAAUUCUGAGGAUUCCAUCUGCUAGUCAGAGGAAAAAGGCUUUUUCCACCUGUUCCUCUCACAUGAUUGUCCUCUCCCUCUCUUAUGGCAACUGCAUUUUCAUGUACAUUAAACACUCAGCUAAGGAGAGAAUAUCUUUAACCAAAGGAAUAUCCUUACUCAAUACUUCAGUUGCCCCUCUAUUAAACCCCUUUAUUUAUACCCUAAGGAACCAGCAAGUGAGGCAAGCCUUUAAGGAUGCAAUCCAGAGAACAGCUCCUUUUUCAAACAAAUAA